GACCUGCACCUGCAACAGCUGUGCUCAGCCAAGUCGGACUGCUGGGACCAGCGCCUCCUUCCCACCGCGACCUCCGUUUCCCUGACGUUCUUAGCAGCCUCCAGUCCUGGUGGUCGGCAGAGGCCUUAGCAGCACGAGGAGGAGGAGGCCUGUUGGCACCAGACCAAUGCUGCGAGGUGUGUGAGGAUUAGAACCGCUCCAUCCCUCAGCUGCCAGACCUGGAAAGCAGGAUGGAGCUGGAGUGAGGCGGAGGGGCUGCCAGCUGCUGACCGGCACGUGAGACGCUGGUGAUUCGUGGGUCACUGAGGCUGGACAACGUUCAUGGCUCUCGGGUAGAACCCAGCGAAACGGCCAGAAUGAAUUCUAUGGACAGGCACAUCCAACAGACCAAUGACCGACUGCAGUGCAUCAAGCAGCACUUACAGAACCCUGCCAACUUCCACAAUGCCGCCACAGAGCUGCUGGACUGGUGUGGAGACCCGCGAGCCUUCCAGCGGCCCUUUGAGCAGAGCCUGAUGGGCUGUUUGACGGUGGUUAGUCGGGUGGCAGCUCAGCAAGGGUUCGACCUGGACCUCGGCUACAGACUGCUGGCUGUGUGUGCCGCGAACCGAGACAAGUUCACUCCGAAGUCUGCCGCCCUGCUGUCCUCCUGGUGCGAGGAGCUUGGCCGCCUGCUGCUGCUCCGACAUCAGAAGAGCCGCCAGAGCGACCCCCCUGGGAAACUCCCCAUGCAGCCCCCCCUCAACUCCAUGAGCUCCAUGAAACCCACUCUGUCGCACAGUGAUGGGUCAUUCCCCUACGACUCUGUCCCUUGGCAGCAGAACACCAACCAGCCUCCCGGCUCCCUCUCCGUGGUCACCACGGUGUGGGGAGUGACCAACACAUCCCAGAGCCAGGUCCUCGGGAACCCUAUGGCCAAUGCCAACAACCCCAUGAAUCCAGGCGGCAACCCCAUGGCGUCGGGCAUGACCACCAGCAACCCCGGCCUCAACUCUCCACAAUUUGCCGGGCAGCAGCAGCAGUUCUCCGCUAAGGCUGGCCCCGCUCAGCCCUACAUCCAGCAGAGCAUGUAUGGCCGGCCCAACUACCCUGGCAGCGGGGGCUUCGGGGCCAGUUACCCUGGGGGCCCUAGUGCCCCUGCAGGCAUGGGCAUCCCUCCGCACACCAGGCCGCCCGCUGACUUCACUCAGCCAGCAGCCGCCGCAGCAGCAGCUGCAGUGGCAGCGGCAGCAGCCACAGCCACGGCCACAGCUACAGCCACUGUGGCAGCCUUGCAGGAAACACAGAACAAGGAUAUAAACCAGUAUGGACCGGUCUGUUCCUCUUUCCAGAUGGGUCCCACCCAGGCGUAUAACAGCCAAUUCAUGAACCAGCCCGGGCCUCGGGGGCCUGCCUCCAUGGGGGGCAGCAUGAACCCCGCAAGCAUGGCGGCUGGCAUGACACCCUCGGGGAUGAGCGGCCCUCCCAUGGGCAUGAACCAACCCCGGCCACCCGGCAUCAGCCCCUUUGGCACACACGGGCAGCGGAUGCCCCAGCAGACCUACCCGGGCCCCCGGCCCCAGUCCCUUCCCAUUCAGAGCAUAAAGAGGCCAUACCCGGGAGAGCCCAAUUAUGGAAACCAGCAAUACGGACCAAACAGCCAGUUCCCCACCCAGCCAGGCCAGUACCCCACCCCCAACCCCCCGCGGCCGCUCACCUCUCCCAACUACCCUGGGCAGAGGAUGCCCAGCCAGCCGAGCACUGGGCAGUACCCGCCCCCCACAGUCAACAUGGGGCAGUAUUACAAGCCAGAGCAGUUUAAUGGACAAAAUAACACCUUCUCUGGAAGCAGCUACAGCAACUACAGCCAAGGGAAUGUCAAUAGGCCUCCCAGGCCGGUUCCUGUGGCAAAUUACCCCCACUCACCUGUUCCAGGGAACCCUACACCCCCCAUGACCCCUGGGAGUAGCAUCCCCCCAUACCUGUCCCCCAGCCAAGAUGUUAAACCACCCUUCCCACCGGACAUCAAGCCAAAUAUGAGCGCUCUACCACCACCCCCAGCCAACCACAAUGACGAGCUGCGGCUCACAUUCCCCGUACGUGAUGGUGUGGUACUGGAGCCCUUCCGCCUGGAGCACAACCUGGCCGUCAGCAACCACGUCUUUCACCUGCGGCCCACGGUCCACCAGACGCUGAUGUGGAGGUCUGACCUGGAGCUGCAAUUCAAGUGCUACCACCACGAGGACCGGCAGAUGAACACCAACUGGCCGGCCUCGGUGCAGGUCAGCGUCAAUGCCACGCCCCUCACCAUCGAGCGCGGCGACAACAAGACGUCCCACAAGCCCCUGCACCUCAAGCAUGUGUGCCAGCCUGGCCGCAACACCAUCCAGAUCACUGUCACAGCCUGCUGCUGCUCCCACCUCUUCGUGCUGCAGCUGGUCCACCGGCCCUCCGUGCGCUCCGUGCUGCAAGGCCUCCUCAAGAAGCGGCUCCUGCCUGCAGAGCACUGUAUCACGAAAAUCAAGCGGAAUUUCAGCAGCGUGGCCGCCUCAUCAGGCAACACGACCCUCAAUGGGGAGGAUGGCGUAGAGCAGACCGCCAUCAAGGUGUCUCUGAAGUGCCCCAUCACAUUCCGGCGCAUUCAGCUGCCUGCUCGAGGCCAUGAUUGCAAGCACGUCCAGUGCUUUGACUUGGAGUCGUACCUGCAGCUGAAUUGUGAGAGAGGGACCUGGAGGUGUCCUGUGUGCAAUAAAACCGCUCUGCUCGAGGGCCUGGAGGUGGAUCAGUACAUGUGGGGCAUCCUGAACGCCAUCCAACACUCCGAGUUUGAAGAGGUCACCAUUGACCCCACGUGCAGCUGGCGACCAGUGCCCAUCAAGUCGGACCUACACAUUAAGGAUGACCCUGACGGCAUCCCUUCCAAGCGGUUCAAGACCAUGAGUCCCAGCCAGAUGAUUAUGCCCAAUGUCAUGGAGAUGAUCGCAGCCCUGGGCCCCGGCCCAUCCCCCUAUCCGCUCCCACCUCCACCCGGAGGCACCAACUCCAACGACUACAGCAGCCAAGGCAACAACUACCAGGGCCAUGGCAACUUUGACUUCCCCCACGGGAACCCCGGCGGGACGUCCAUGAACGACUUCAUGCACGGGCCCCCCCAGCUCUCCCAUCCCCCGGAUAUGCCCAACAACAUGGCCGCCCUCGAGAAGCCCCUCAGUCACCCCAUGCAGGAGACUAUGCCACACGCUGGCAGUUCUGACCAGCCCCAUCCCUCCAUACAACAAGGUUUGCACGUCCCACACCCCAGCAGCCAGUCAGGGCCUCCAUUACAUCACAGUGGGGCUCCUCCUCCUCCUUCCCAGCCUCCCCGGCAACCGCCACAGGCCGCUCCCAGCAACCAUCCACACAGCGACCUGACCUUUAACCCCUCCUCAGCCUUAGAGGGUCAGGCCGGAGCGCAGGGAGCGUCCGACAUGCCGGAGCCUUCGCUGGAUCUCCUUCCAGAACUCACAAACCCGGACGAGCUCCUCUCGUACCUGGACCCCCCCGACCUGCCGAGCAAUAGUAACGAUGACCUCCUGUCUCUCUUUGAGAACAACUGAAGCCCGCCCCUCCGACGGGGCCACCCCUCCCCACACGACCUCCUUUCCCGUCUGCCCCACAUACACCUUCCCGCUGGGAGCCCGUGCCCUCGGACCGCCGCCUUCUCAGUGUGGAGGGGCGGGAGGGUGCACUGUGAAGGCGCCGUGGGUCUGGAGCCCACGGCCAGAGCAGGCCCCGAAGAUGACCCUCGAGAUGAAGAUGACCCUCGAGACGGGGCGCCGGCCCAGGGCGGGGGCACAUACUGACGGCGGCUUCCGAACGACCCUCCAGUGCCCCCAGGUUCUUCCAGUUUCUAAACUGUAACCCGGCCUCCCCACUUCCUGGCCCAGAGCCGCCUCCAAGUGACUGUGAACCUGAGGGAGGGCCACCCAGACUCCAGCAGCCCCGAGCCUUGGAGGAGCAGCAGCAGUUGGUGGCAGUGAGAACGGCCUGCCUACCACCACCACCACCCACCACGGAAAAGCACAAACCUCUGGGAAAGAGAACUCUCAGGGGCCAAGGUUGUCACUUUGAUCUCUGACCUCGAAGCCAGGAUCCCCUAUAAACACUCUCAGAAAGUGGAAAAGAGGACGAGAUUCUGUGUUUGAGAGAGGGUGAGCCGUUUCUGCUUGGGGACCGGUGGGAAAGGGAGUCAAGGCCUCCUCAGCAACCUUUGGACUCAGGCCAGGGCCCGGCUAUAGGGGAGCAGAGAGAGAGAACCCAGCCAAAAUAAUCGUGCCCUUAGUUGGGGGGUGGGGUACUGCCGGCUAGAGUUGGAGUCCAAUAGAAACGGCAACUUAGAACUUUGCUCCAAGCCACUCCGUUUUCAAACGAAGCAGCUUAAAGCUAUGAAGUCAUCUGGAGAAAAGGAACAUUGGACUUGGACAGCAAGCGAACCAUUUCUCUCCAUACGUUCUGUUUCCUUCCUCCUGCUCCCCCCUCCCCCACCUCCCCAAGACUGUUUCAGGGGACACCACUUCCCGCUGUCCUCGUACCCCUUUGGCCAUCCGGACGGCAAGGUCGAUGGUGGAAAGGCAGGAGAUGCGCAAGCUCAGCGCAGGAACCCCAGGCAUCCCUCUCUCUCCGGUCCUCUGUCUGGUCUGGCCUGUCCCUGUGCUUCUCUGCCCCAAGGCUUCAACCCACUAUGUUGCCCUGUGUGCCCUUGAGCAUCCCGUGGUGUUUCUGUGGCUGUCUCAGAUGCCACACUUGGCUGCCAGCCUCUCCUUCCCUCUGUGUCCCUCUACCCCCACACUCCUGCUCACUCCAGCAGAAGCAGCCUCCCUCCACCACUUUGCUCCAUCCCGCUUACUGCUCCAAGUCUUGAGCAGUAGCUUUUUGUGCAUUGGUUCCAGGCUCCCCUGAGCCAUGUGGCCCCUGAUGCUGCCGGGCCAUUGGGUCGCUUGGGUUCCCUCUGUAAAUGUGUCGCGCCCCUGCCUUCGCUGCUGGGGCCCUCGCCUGCUCCCCCGUCCACUGUCCGUAAUCUCAGUCUCCCUCUCCCUCUCUGUUUGGGGGGAUCCUCAGCACUCCUCUAGAUGUGACCGGAACGUUGGCCCCAGCUGUUGACUUCCAGUCACUGUGCCAGACGGGCCCCGGCACAAGGUUUUCUGUAGGAAAGCUGCCAUCGUCCUGUCCCUGCCCCUUUUCCUUUGUCCUGUUGUCGAGGUUUUUUCAAACAGCCUGGUGUUCCGUAUGCAAAUCAAUUAUUUUAAGAAUUGCUUUUGUAAAUAUCUUUGUGAAUAUUUUAGUAUUGUCUUUGAUAAUAUUCAACAUUUUCAUGACCUGGUUAUAGCCUUUGCUGGUGUUUUUAAAAUACCUUGACUCAACCACAGAAGACCGAGUCCCUUUUUUAAAAAAAAAAAACAACAAACAAAAACAAAAAAGCAACCAGGGCCAUUUGUACAGAUGAAGGGACGAAGAACAUGGGUGGCUGUACCAUGAGUUAGAAGACCAGGCCACCCACUGUUUCGAGCCAUCCCCAGUUGGCUGGUGGGAACAAAGACGACACCAGGUAGCAUGUAGCCAUCUUUGCCCAGUGGCCGAUAGCCCAGGCUGUGUCAGGCCAUCCGGGAAUGUUCCACCCCAGACAGACUUACAGACACCUUCCUUAGAAGGUCCCGCUUCCUGCCAUGCAACGUUUUCUCAGAAAGGCCCAGGGUCCGUUCUGGUUCUUAUGAGGAUGCCCCACUCUGCUCAUGGACUUGUCCACAGCUUGCGAGCACCAAGGGCCGAUACGCUCCCACAGCCCAGGCUCCAGGCACCUCCCUCAGCCAUCUCGGAGGAAGCCGUGGGCUUGGCACCUGAGGCAGGUUUCCUGGGUCCCCUCCCAAGUGAGCCUCCACCAGCAAGUUCAGCAAAGAGCUUUCCAGAACUGGGGUGCCUGAAGCCCAUGCUCUGGGGACAGUACUCUUCCAGGUAAUUCUGGAGCCAGGCCAAGGGGGGCGGGGCAGGGAGGGAGGCAUCAAGGCGCCUGGGGUUGGAGCGAGCCCCAGCUGGUGACAUUCAGGUGACCACAGCCUCCCCAAGCAGGGGCGGUUCUGAACUCCGGGGAGAUGCUUCCCUAAUCCUCUCGGAUGACUACUUGGAGCCAUAAGUAACCUCAACAACAACAAAAAAAAAACGAUGCCUCAGCAAGCCACUUCUCCACGACAAGCAUCCACCCAGGCCUCAGGCAUGUUUCUGCCUCCACUCCACGGGAUGGACAGGGCACCGGCGGGCAAGCGGAACGGCCCAAGUACAAGCGAUCGCCCCAUCUCCUUGGUUUGAAGCUUUACCCAUGUAUCAUGUUCCUGUAGCCAUUUUUAUUUUUUAAGAAACUUCUGAUACUUUCUCCCUAACGGAGGCCCUGAACCCCCAGAGAGCUACAUGUCUGCUCCCUCGGCCUGACCCAUCCAGAUAGGGCGACGUCGGCAGCAGUGACUCAAGGGACGUGUGUACAUAUGUAAAUGAGAAAUAGAGACAUGUUAACAGAUGCAUUCAUUUCCCUUGGAAUGUGUAUUGUUUUUAUUUUACGGAACAAAACAAAACAAACAAAAAAAAGGCUUGGAACUCCAUCUUGACGUGGAAAAACUAGAUCCUGUCUGUUAGCGUAUGUGAGGUCUCCCUCCGCAUCUGUCUCACUCAUGUAAUAUACUCUGACUCUGUGUGGAAAGGAAUUUUUGUUCCGUUUUGUUUUUUAUUUUAUCUACAUGUACUAUUUAGCUUCAGUGUACUAGUCCUGCCACCUGUGUAUUUUUAGGGUGCUAUGGAAAUAAUGAAAAGAAACGGGGAUUUCAGAAGAAAAUUGUAACCAAAUUCAUACUUUGUAUAAUUUUUGAUAUCAUGAUCGCAGGUGAUCCACACGUACACACACGAACACGCCCACCGUGCAGCCUGAAGUUACUCCCACGGCGACCGUCAUUGUCUUUGUACAUCUCUGUACAAUGCAAUCAUUUCAUACUUUAAACUGGUCAGAAAACUAAUUGUGAUUUCUAGUCUUGCAAAGCUGUAUGUAGUUAGAUGAUGUGACAACCUCUAAUAUUUAUCUAAUAAAUAUGUAUUCAGAUGAAACCUGUA